AUGUUUGAUGCUUUUUCAUGUAUACAUGAUUUAUCAUCUACGAAACAAACAUCCGAACUUUUAUUUCUUUUUCAUUCAUUAUUUAAAACAUGUCGUUCUAUAUUAAUAAUACCAACGAAAAAUGAUUUAAUUAAAAAUCAAUCUGAUUUAGCAUUACAAUUCGAACAAUCAAUACCACAUGAACAUGUUAAUAUUCAAGCUGUACUUGAACUUGCUUUAUAUGCAUGUGAUGAAUCAAUAUUAUUAUCAUCAUCAUCGAGAAAAUCUUCACACUCAAAUAUAUUAAUGUUAAAAUAUAUUUCACCAACAUAUGAAGAUACAUAUAGAAAUGAACAAUCAUUAAAACAUGUUAUACAAACUGAAUAUAAAACAUUAUUAACAAGACAUGUUUUAGAUUUUCGAUUAGGUUCAUGGAUAAAAUUUUAUACAAAUUGGCAACAUCAUACAAGUAUACAAACAUUUAUUGAUAUAUUUGGAAAACAAGAAACUGAACGUUUAUAUGAUGAAUAUAUUGAUGAAUUUAAAAGAAUAUCAAGACAAAAAUUAAUUGAUGAAAGAUUAAUUCCAAUUGUUAAGUUACUUGUUACAGAUAAAAGAACAAAACAAGAUAUAUAUAUACAGUAUUAA